AUGAACAGUGCAACAUCAGCUCUCAAAUCAGCCAACCGUUCACAAAUUCUCAUUCUCUAUCGAAAAUUGCUCCGAGUGGGUUAUCAAUGGCCUCGAUGGGAGGAUUCCGAUGAUGGUGCAUAUUUAGGAGAUUUUAUAUUGGACAAAACGAAGAGGGAGUUUAGAAAGAAUAUUAAUGUUGCGGAAAGUGGUCCGUUGAUGGAAAGAGCACGACGGGAAUUGAGAUUUCUACAAACUUUACAGGCUGAUAUUUUCAAAAAACAAUUUGUGUUGAAAAGAAAUUAUGCAGAGUCUGCGGAGGAAAUUGAUCAUGGCGCAAAAUAA